GUGAACGAGGAGGGAUCAGAGGCUGCGGCCGCCACAGCAGGCAUCAUGAUGAUGCGAAUGGCUCCGAUGCCGCGGAUGGGACCGAUCAGGUUCAUCGCAGAUCAUCCGUUUGUUUAUGCCAUUGUAAAACAUCAAACAGUUCUCUUCAUUGGAUCUUAUUACUGA